AUGCCACCACCACCUCCUCCCCCGCCGCCGCCGCCGGGAGGUUUGGGCGGUCCUCCCCCGCCGCCCCCUCCAGGUGGCCUCCCAGGCAGACCUCCUAAAGCGCAGGUUAAAGACCGGGGCGCACUUCUCUCUGAUAUCCACAAGGGCGCCCGGCUGAAGAAAGCUGUUACCAAUGAUCGAUCAGCACCUAUAGUCGCAGGCUCAGGGGGCGUCUCAUCAGCUCCUCCUAUCGCGGGUGCGCCACCUGUCCCUGGCGCGAGGCCGCCUCCAAGCGGGCUUGCACCGCCUGUACCAUCCGGCCCAGCCGCAAAUCGAUUACGAAGCAACAGCGAAGGAGUUUCUGGGACAGAUGGUGCAGCCAGUGCAAUGCCACCUCAAUUAGGGGGUAUAUUCGCUGGUGGGAUUCCCAAGUUACGCAGUCGGGGAGGUGUCGAUACAGGUGCCAGUCGAGACUCGCCAUAUAUCUCCGAGUCCGAAGGUGCACGUCGACCACCUGCUGCGCCAGCUCCCAAGCCUCCAACAGCUCCCAGGCCUCCUGGAGCCAGGCCACCUCCCCGGCCUUCAUCGACCGAUUCACCGCAUGCACCACCGGUCAAUCCUUUGGUUGCCGGCUUGAAGAAGCCUCCCCCGAGACCUGCUGCACGAUCCUCAUCUACAGUUCCAGCGCCAGCUACAAAGGCACCUGAAGCACCGCCUCCACGCGCGCCUCCCCCACCUCCAGCACCGGGCAAGCUUCCACCACCGCCUACAUCGAGAAAACCGUCCGGACCCCCACCACCUCCCCCAUCAGCCCCCGCGGCUCGGGCACCUCCUCCCCCGCCGGCUGCUUCCAGAUCGACACCACCCCCUCCGCCAUCAGUAGCUCCGCCAUCAAUUGCUGCACAAGCUGCCCGUUCCGCCCUGGGACAUUCUUCGCCUUCGGCACCUCCCCCGCCACCCCCAUCAGCUGCCCCAGGUGCUCCACCCCCACCCCCUCCAACUUCACUUCCUGUAGCUCCGCCAAGCGAGCCGCCAUCUCGACCAUCCCCUGUUUCCUCUCGCCCCGUCUCCCAUGAACCCUUUGCAGCGCUAGACCCUAGUGCUUAUACACUUUCCAAUGGUGGAUCGCCUGCACCAAGCUCACGAAGCCCUGCAACACAUGGACGUGGCCCAGUCCGAAUAGAAGAUGUGCGAUUCAAAUUCCAAAGCGAGGGACUGCUCCCCAAGCCACGGCAAUUUAUUGGUGGAGAGCGCCGAUAUCGUGCUGGAAGGGGCAGCAGUGUUCCUUUGGAUCUGAGUGCUUUGCGAGGCUGA